AUGGUCGAGUGGACCAAGAAGGAGAAGCGAACCUUCCUUCGUCAGCGAGUCGAAGCGAGACUCGGCGCGCUGUACAUGGAGACUAAGGACUACCAGACCGCGCUGGCGUUAACUAGCAAUCUUGUCAGGGAGGUAAGGCGGCUCGACGACAAGCUCCUAUUGGUCGACAUUGAUCUUCUCGAGAGCCGGCUCCACCAUCAACUUCGGAACAUUCCUAAGGCUAAAGCGGCGUUAACUGCGGCGCGAACUGCGGCGAACUCGAUUUAUGUGCCGCCGGCGCAGCAGGGUCAGAUUGACAUGCAGUCAGGCGUGCUGCACGCAGAGGAGAAGGACUACAAGACGGCGUACUCGUACUUCUUUGAGGCCUUUGAGUGCUUUAACGGACUGGACGACCCCAAGACCGUUCCCUGCCUCAAGUACAUGCUGCUCUGCAAGAUCAUGCUGAAUCAAGCUGAUGACGUUGCAAGCAUCAUUGCCAGCAAGGCAGCUCUUAAGUACACGGGUGAUGAGGUGGACGCUAUGAAGACCGUCGCAACAGCGCACAGUCAGCGGUCGCUCAAGUCUUUUGAGGAGGCCUUGCGCACUUAUAAGCACCAGCUUUCUGAUGACCCAAUUAUCAGCCGCCACCUGGCAGCGUUGUACGACUCCCUGCUGGAGCAGAAUCUGCUGAGGCUGAUUGAGCCAUACUCAUGUGUGGAGAUCGCUCACAUCUCAUCUCUGAUUGGCCUGCCAUUGGAAAAGGUGGAGUCGAAGCUGUCUCAGAUGAUCCUGGACCGCAAGUUUGAGGGCACAUUGGAUCAGGGAGCAGGCAACCUGGUGGUGUUCCAGCCACAGGUGCCGGACGCACUGUACCCAGCAGCCAUAGACACCAUUGUGCACAUGAACCAGGUCGUCGACAGCCUCUUCGUGCGCUCCAAGCGCAUCAUGGCAUAG